ACAGAAGAAACGGAUCGCAUUUCCCUUGUAUGUUUUUUUCCUUAUUUUCCGGACGUGCAAUCGUUUAUUUAUUUCCCAGAAUUUCCUGGGAAAUGUUGCUCUAUAGAUAGUGUGGAUGAGUAUUUGUAAACUGGAGAGAAUUCAGAACACGUAAUAACAAGGAUUAAGGAAUAUCAUUGACUACGUUGGGAGUUGUGUGCCUCGCCAUUAAACAGAACUGAAAUCAGAAAUGGACACCCAAUUUUCUGACUAACGAUAAAUCCACUUGGCCAUGAAGAGGAACUUGCUGGCCGCUAUUCCUGUUUUCGGGAUCUUCUUGAUCUUUUGCUUUUACAACAGAAGCACGUAUGAGUUUAUCAGCCCCAGCAUAACGCCACAAGAUUCCACACGGAUAAACAACUCCCCACAGAAAAAGCAAGCUACUGAACAACGUCAAUCCCAAACAAAUGUCCGUGGUGGUGUCCGUAGAUUGAUGAAGAAAACGAAGACAGAAGUAAUCCAGCCACCACAAACAAAAAAGGCAGUAAAAUUACUGGGAAGAAGACUGCAGCCUGUGGAGCAAAAUGAUUGGACAUACCUAAAGAAAAUGCCAACGUACAACCAAUCAAAAGAAGUCUUACAAUCUGACUGGUGGAGAGCCGCAGCUUUUCUAGAAAUAGAUUUUAGAAGAAGGCCACAAGAUUACAACUGUCAACAAAAUACUCGAGUAGGAAAUUGGUUUCUGUGCCAAGAUGAGCCAUUUAAAAUAGAGAAACCGUGCUUAGUAUACUCAUUUGGCAUCGCCAAUGACUUCAGUUUUGAUGACGCUAUGGCUGAGCUUGGCUGCGAAGUCCAUUCGUUUGAUCCAAGUAUGAACACAAAAGAACACAAAAGGAAUACUAGCGUAGUUUUUCAUCCCAUUGGUCUGAGUGACAGUGUGAUUCAGGAUUUCAAUCCCCGCCAUGACAUUUAUGUAACCAAUGAUCAAAAAUGGAAUAUGAUGGAUCUCCUCUCAAUCAUGGAAAAACUAGGUCACAAAAAUAGAGUUCUGGAUUACCUAAAAAUAGAUGUGGAAGGUCAUGAGUGGUCGGUGCUGAAUUAUUUAAUAAAAACUGGAAUGACUUCAAGAAUCAGACAUUUUUCCUUGGAGUAUCAUAUUUUUCCAGAUUGGCCAAGCAAAGCCUUAUAUCCAGAUUUACUAAAUACAUAUAGAACUCUGAAAGAGAAGGGAUUCUACAAAUAUUUUACAGGAAUCCAUCCAUUAAAUCACAUACCAAAAGAUUUUAAUAUACAAGCUGAUGUUUGUUACAUAAAUAAAAAUGUGCAAAUAUAAUGGUUACAA